AUGUCCGAUCAAUAUCGUACAGGAGGAAGCCGUAUUCGAGUAAAUGAGAUGGCUAUAGUUGGUGCUUUUUAUUCGCACACGACUAACGAGCCGCCACUGAUCACUAUCCACGACUCCUCCAACAAGCCGCGCCGCGAGUCUCCAACCUGGAGCUCUCGCCACGCUCUCCAGCCACACAUCAAAGCCUCCAACACAUCAUCGCCUGGUGAUGCUGCCUCGACGACGAAAAAGGGCAUCUCGUGGCGACCGAGACUCCUCUCGCGACGCCCGCUCCCUCACAGCUCCAGGUCGCGGCAGCCUCGUCCGCCCCAGAAGCACCGCCGACAGCCACCAUCUGCCGACGCCGCCUUUGCCCUCGCCGCCGAGAUCUCCCGGGCCAAGUCGCUCAAGAGGUCCCGUGAGGAGACCCCGCCAUCGCCGGAUUCCGUAGAAUCCUCUUCUCCUGGCGAUCUGUCCCCUUCGAAAAUCGCCCGCUUGGUCGGCUUCGCUAGGUCACCUCCGCCCUCUCUAAAUGGUACCGCCGACCACGAUGAGGAGAGACGCCGACGAGAUGAGGAGCACCACGCCGAAUCCGUGGCGGCAUCUGAAAACCUGACCCAUAGCCCUCUGGCCGACCUCAUGUCCGGAGCGCCGUCGGGGCUGGCCCGACCACCCGACGCGCCAAGCGCUCCGUCAAUGUCGAGUCUGGAUGCCGCCGCCGAUGCUGCUGCUAGGGCACUGAGCGCCGUUACUAUCCCAGCACCAAGUGCAGUUCCUAAUGAGCUCAAGGAUGUCAACCAGCCAAGCGCACCGAGCGCCUCAAGCCUUGCCAACCCGUCAGGCGACGUGGUCAACAGUCCUGUGCCCAUGGACGUUGACUCCCGCGAGGAUCAGCGGCUUUAUGCGCCACAGCCUGAUGCGCAGAUGGAACCUCAAGACAAACCUCCAUCAUCACUGUCUUAUCCCGGAGUCCUUCCGCACGGCGCUCCUAUGUCAGCGCCGGCCCCUCCUUCUCGAGGAAUGAGUAUGCCGAUACCGAAUGCUCAGGGUGCGGAUGUGACGCCCCGGUCACCAGGCUCAUCAAAGAAGCACAAGUGCCCCUACUGUUCCACCGAGUUCACCAGACACCACAACCUCAAAAGCCAUCUGCUCACGCAUAGCCAAGAAAAGCCCUAUGUUUGUUCUACGUGCCAGAUGAGGUUCCGAAGAUUACACGAUCUCAAGCGCCACAGCAAACUGCACACAGGCGAGAAGCCGCACAUAUGCCCCAAGUGUGAUAGGAAGUUUGCCCGUGGGGAUGCGUUAGCGAGACACAGUAAAGGCGCUGGUGGUUGUGCCGGUCGCAGGCCCAGUAUGGGAAACUUCGAAGAUGGGGAUUACGAUGGUGUGAACCCGACCGGAGCUGAUGAGUCGGGGCUGUCGAAUGUUAUGUAUGAGGGUGCUGCUGAGGGUGAACUUGCUGCGGCGGAGGAGGAACGCCGUCGUCUAAGUUUGCCGGCCAUCAAAGCCCAGCAUGUACCGGGCCAAACAGCCCCUGAAGGUUAUGCUGCUCACUCGAGCACUUAUCCCCCAGCAGGCCCUCGACCGGGCGGUCUCUAUCCUCCAAACGUCGAUCGCGGGUCCGCUGGCCCGCCUGCUUCUCCGAGCGUGCCUAAUAACCACACUCCUCACACCAGUAUAUCGACCAUGCCCCUUAGCGCAGCUGGCACGACCAUGUAUUCGCAGACCGGGAUGACGGAGAGCCCUAAACCUCUAAGCCCGGGGGCAGCUCCGCCCACGGCUCUUAGUCACGAUGCCCUCGCACGUCAACGGCCACCAGCACCUCAGCAGCCCCAUUUCAGACCAGCGGAACAAGCUGCUUCCGGGUUAUCACUGCCAUCUCACGGUAUGUCACCAACAGUUGAAGAAGCCUGGCGCUCCCAAUACCCUCCUGCUGACCGAGAUCCGACCCAAGGCAACACUAGUGCGCCCACUUCUCCGGCAACCCAACAAACGGCAGCUCGUGGACGGAGUCGUGCUUCGGGCGGACCUCCUGGACCUAAUAGGUCCGGUGUGGUCGACGGCAACAACCUCUUUGCCGCUGGUGAGCAAGGUGUAUGGUCUUACGUACAGCACAUGGAGGACAAAUUCAAACACUUGCAGUCUAUGGUGGAGGCAACGAGCCAAACCAAUGCCGAGCUGACAGCUAAGCUCAACACACACGAGCAACAUAUUUCUGUUUUGAAUCAAAACACUACAGAGCUGGCGGCCAAGGUCAACGCGUCACGACGCUUCGGCAACAGCAACAGCAUCAGCAGCAUCAGCAACAACACCCACUUCACCAGCAUCAACAAGAACACCAUCUUCAGGAAAACCAGCAAGCAAACCAUCAAGUGCACCAACUCCAGCAUCAGCAGGAACACCAACCUGAGCACCCAUCUGAGCAUCAGCCUGUGCACCCGCCCGAGCCCCAGCCCCAGCCAGACCAUCAACCUGGGCAUCAGCCAGGGCAUCAGCCAGAGCACCAGCAAGAACAUCAGCAACAUCAACCAGAACAUCAGCAACAACAUGUCCCUACCGAGACCCAAGAACCCCCACCUGCAGCACAGCAAUAGGAACGCGAACUCGCUCCGGAGGUCGCUGCUUGGGCGAGUGAGGCAUGGAUUCAGCACAUGA